GAGCAGCCGGGUACCCGCUCCGAGGGCGGCGGCCUAUCCCGCCCAGCCUCCGCGGUGGCCCGGGACCUGGCUGGCGCAUGCCUGUCUCCGGCCGGACCGAGAGGCGGGAGGCUGCGGCACGCGGCGCUGGAGGGCCCGGGCAGCCGGAGAGCGGCCGGGCGCCCCGCGGGGAGGCUGGACAGCCCGGGCUUGGCCGAGGGUGAUGCUCCGCCGCCGGCGGGCGUCAUGGCAUCACUGGCCGACCGGGUUCGGGGCAACGGGCGCAUCGCCGCCGGGCUCCUGUUCAACUUGCUGGUGUCCAUCUGCAUCGUGUUCCUCAACAAAUGGAUCUAUGUACACCACGGCUUCCCCAAUAUGAGCCUCACCCUGGUGCACUUCGUGGUCACCUGGCUGGGCUUAUACAUCUGCCAGAAACUGGACAUCUUUGCCCCCAAAAGUCUGCCGCUCUCCAAGCUCCUGCUUCUGGCCCUCAGCUUCUGUGGCUUUGUGGUCUUCACCAACCUUUCUCUACAGAACAACACCAUAGGCACCUAUCAGCUGGCCAAGGCCAUGACCACGCCAGUGAUCAUAGCCAUCCAGACCUUCUGGUACCAGAAGAGCUUUUCCAUCCGAAUACAGCUCACGCUGAUUCCUAUAACUGUAGGUGUAAUCCUAAAUUCUUAUUACGAUGUGAAGUUUCAUUCCCUUGGAAUGGUGUUUGCUGCCCUUGGUGUAUUAGUUACGUCCCUUUAUCAAGUGUGGGUGGGAGCCAAGCAGCAUGAGCUACAAGUGAACUCCAUGCAGCUGCUGUACUACCAGGCUCCCAUGUCCUCUGCCAUGCUGCUGGUCACUGUGCCCUUCUUUGAGCCGGUGUUUGGAGAGGGAGGAAUAUUUGGCCCCUGGUCAGUUACUGCUUUGCUUAUGGUACUGCUGUCUGGAGUAAUCGCUUUCAUGGUGAACUUAUCAAUUUAUUGGAUCAUUGGGAACACAUCACCAGUCACCUACAACAUGUUCGGACACUUCAAGUUCUGCAUCACCCUGUGUGGAGGAUACAUUUUAUUUAAGGAUCCACUGUCAGUUAACCAGGGACUCGGCAUCUUAUGCACACUGUUCGGCAUCCUCACGUAUACCCACUUUAAACUCAGCGAACAGGAAGGAAGCAAGAGUAAGCUGGUCCAACGGCCCUGAGUGCUGCCGGGGGGAAAAAAAGCUGUACCAAAACAAUGAGAGACGUCAAAUGUCUAAGUCCAUGGAAGAGCUACCAUGCAGAGUUCACUCAGUGACUUACAAGAAGUAUUUUCUUCACAAAGAUGGCUGCUUUUAAUAACUUUCAUCGAUUUGCUUUUCUGAAACCAAAAUGGUCCACGCUUCUUUUCGAAGUCUUUAUGAAGCUGCAGCUGUCACUCGUUGGUAGAGUGUUUGCCUAGCAUGCAUCAGACCCUGGGCUCACACCCCAGCACCUUCAAAGAAAUAAGAUGAACUACAUGUAGGAUGGUUCGUUCUGCCAACUACAAUACAGGAAAGUCCGGUUCUGUAGGAACGACGAAGGUUGUGCGCUGCAGUGCUGCAGGUGGGCCCUGGCUUGGGGGUCACGUCUCCCCAGGAAGGGCACUCAGGACUCCUGCCCUCUCGUCCAUAGUUUCCUACUGUGAGGGUUAUUAUAUGCUAGUCAGGGUGUGCAGUACAGGAGAUGGAGUCCAGAGUCUUGCACUUGCUAGACAAACACUACCAUUGAGCUGCACCCACAGACCUGGACAGAAUUUAAAUUAAAGAGCGGUUUAUUUUAGCUUUUAUCAACUGGGCAGUGAUAGAUGUUUUGUGAUGGGAUCUCACUUUGUAGCCCUGGCUUGUCUAGAAUUCUCUACAUAGAGCAAGUUGGCUUUGAACUCAAAGAGAUCGGCUUGUCCCUGCCACCACAGCUGGCUUUUAGCUUUUAUUAUUUCAUUGUAGAAUUGAAAUAUUUAUAGAAAGCAAACUCUCAUAGACAUGAUUAUAAAAUAAACCACAGCUAUGAAAGUAUUGCUUUUUUUAAUAGAAAACGAAUACAAGCAUAUUUUCCCUGUUAAACAGGGCAGGGUUUGUGUGUCUCUAAUCCUUGAUGUUUGGAAAACAGGAGGGGGCCGGCAGGACUGGUAGGAAUGAGAGGCUCAUUGGUUUUCUUGUGACUUUGAGCCUACAGUGAACUCCAGCCUCUGUUUAUGGAGCUAAAAAACAAAACCCCAUGAAAACAAAACCCCGAGAUGAAAAGGGCUCAAAGGAAAGCCUAUAGGGCAGGUGGGGAUCGGCCAACAGUGGAGGACCUGCCUAGCAUGCAUGAGGUCCUGGUUACAAUCCCAGCAACAACAAAAGCAGACUGUACAUGGAGUGGGCAGCUCUCUUUACCUUGGUAACUGCUCUUCCAGCUUGCCCGAGCAUAUCAUCUUACUGAUUUCUAAUACGGCCUCCCUUGCAGCACUCCCUGCCUUCCACAUAAUGAAGCAGUGUGGGGGAGCACUGGAUGGCAUUGGAAACUGGAUUGAAUUAUGUGCAAAAGUCAGAGCAAAAGCCGUUCAAAUUCUAGGCUGAGACUUGGUGACACAUAGGAAAGAUGUGAAAGAGAAGUAAAAAUCUAGCUAAUAUUUAGCUAGUUGUGUGAGGUUUCAAAUGUUUUUAAUUGAGAUGUAGGCAAAAUACAUGGUCUCCAGCAAAUAGGGCACUGUGUGUUUGAUUGCAAAAGUGUAUGUCUGCCGUUAACCUGACAUUUCACCAUUAAAAACAGCCCUUGAUGACCUCACGAGAGUAGGAUCUCUCCUCUUGAAAUAACCUUUUCUAUACAUACACUUCCUGUGAGAAAACAGCUUAUGACAAAGAGCCAUGUGUGUACCUACAUUGUGGCAAUAAAUUUUAUCUUCGAUUUUUUUUUCACAGAGAAAGGUAACUUAAUAUCUCU